AAUUUCGACUUCAUAUCUGCCACUUGGUCCCAUGCCAUGGACCUCCUCCUUCUUCGUCUCAGACAUUUUCUUGUACUCUCCAUCUUCAUCAGUUUCUUACCUUCCUCCUCCUCUUUCAUCUUCCACAUUCCUACCCACAAGAAAUGCUCCAAUCAAAGUGUUUCCUUGAAGCAGAAGAUUGUUGAGAUGGCUUACGAACCCAGUACCUUGAAUUGGAUGAAGAAGAUCAGGAGGGAAAUCCACGAACAUCCAGAGCUUGCUUAUGAGGAAUUCAGAACAAGUUCUGUCAUUAGGCGUGAGCUUGAUCAGAUGGGUGUGGCUUACCGCUGGCCGGUCGCUCGGACCGGCGUCGUGGCUCAGAUUGGGUCUGGGUCUCCCCCUUUCGUCGCUCUCAGGGCAGACAUGGAUGCUUUGCCUAUUCAGGAGCUGGUUGCUUGGGAACAUAAAAGCAAAGUAGAUGGAAAAAUGCAUGCCUGUGCACAUGAUGCUCAUGUGGCCAUGCUCCUUGGGGCUGCGAAGAUACUGCAAAAACUGCGAGACAAGUUACAGGGUACUGUAGUUCUUAUAUUCCAACCUGCUGAGGAAAGAGGCGUAGGUGCAAAAGAAAUGAUCCAAGAACAGGUGCUUAACAAAGUGGAAGCUAUUUUUGGCCUGCACUUAGUGAUAGAGUAUCCCCUAGGUGUUGUUGCAUCAAGGCCGGGUGAUUUUCUUGCCGGAUGUGGAGGCUUCAGAGCAAAGAUCACUGGAAAAGGAGGGAAUGCAGGUUUUCCCCAGUAUUCUAUUGAUCCAGUUUUGGCUGCUUCAACUUCAGUCAUUAGCUUGCAGAAUAUUGUUUCAAGGGAGGCAGAUCCUUUAGAUUCUCAGGUGGUUUCCGUGGCAUCGGUUGAUGCAGGAUCUGCCCACAACCUCAUCCCUGAAUCCACUACAUUUGCUGGUACCUUCAGAGCACACGGCAAGAAGAGCUUUUAUUCAAUAAGGAAAAGAAUAGAAGAGGUUAUUGUAGGACAAGCAGCAGUACAUAGGUGCAAUGCAGAGGUUGAUUUUGAUGGGAAUGAGCAUCCGACGAUCCCUCCGACCACAAACCAUGAGAGAGUAUACGAAAUAGUAAGGCAAGUCUCAAGUGAGAUUGUUGGGGAAGAAAACACUGUAUUAGCUCCUAAAUUCACAGGUAGUGAAGAUUUUGCAUUUUUCUUGGAAAAGGUGCCUGGGACUCUCUUGCUUGUGGGAAUGAGAAAUGACAAGAGUGGGACAAUUUAUUCUCCUCACAACCCUUACUUUGUUGUUGACGAGGAUGUUUUUCCCAUUGGAGCUGCAAUUCAUGCAGCAUUUGCUUUUUCUUACCCUUCAUAUUCAAAUUCAGAGCCUCAUUCUCAGUGGUGCGCUUCAGGAUGCUAAUCACAUAUACGCGUUCCCACAGACACAUUGUUUGACCGAGACGUCUGUCCUUGUUAGAAAUUGAAUAGCAGACGCGCGCGCGCGCGCGUACAUCCCAAAAGUAAAGGAAAAGGUUUCUGAGUGCCCCUUUUGAGAUGGAACUAUCUUAUUUGGUAGCCAAGCACAAAUUAAUUAGCAUUAUCAUAGUGAAUGAGACAUGUUUUCUUACAUAUUGCAGUAACGUGAUGAAUGAGCUAUACUGUUAUUAUAGAUGUAAUUUGUCUUC